UUUCUCCAAUUGACUUUCUAUUUAUUCUUCUCAAUAGUAUUUGCAAGUAUUUCAGUGUAUGCAUGCAACAUAUUUUUCUUCAAAAAGCCGAGAAAUUUUCCAAUUACAACAAUUCCAAUUCACUCUUCAGCUUGUGGGCAGUUCAGAAAUGUCUCUGGGGAUAGAGAUGGACGAUCAUGACAAUGAAUACGCCUCGCAGUGGGCUGCAGUUGAGAGAUUACCAACUACUGACAGGUUAAGAUUAUCUUUGUUUGAUGAAGAUGGUGACAGAAACUCAGUUCAUGAACAUAAAGCUGCGAAGAAGCUGGUUGAUGUUACCAAGCUUGAAGCUCCUGAACGUCACCAACUCAUAGAAAAACUCCUCAAACAUAUUGAGAAUGAUAACCUCCGGUUACUGAGGAAAAUCAGAGAGAGAAUUGAUAAAGUUGGAAUAAAAUUGCCCACAGUAGAAGUGAGAUACAAGAACUUGUGUGUGGAAGCUGAAUGUGAAGUAGUUUAUGGAAAGCCUUUGCCUACAAUAUGGAAUUCUAUUGAAAGCAUGAUUCCUGACUUUUCAAAGCUAUUGGGUUCAAAUUCACGCCAAGCCAAAAUAAGCAUUGUUAAAGAUGUUAGUGGCAUCAUAAAGCCUAGAAGGAUGACAUUAUUGCUGGGUCCUCCGGGAUGUGGGAAGACUUCCCUUUUAAAGGCUCUCUCAGGAAAUCAGAAGAAUUCUCUCAAGGUCACAGGGGAGGUUUCUUACAAUGGAUACAAAUUAGAAGAAUUUGUACCACAGAAAACAUCUGCAUAUGUAAGUCAAAACGAUGUUCACAUCUCUGAGAUGACCGCAAGGGAAACUCUUGAUUUUUCUGCUCGUUGUCAAGGUGUGGGAACCCGAGCAGAACUUUUGUCAGAAAUCAGUAGACGGGAGAAGAGUGCAGGAAUUGUCCCGGAUCCAGACAUAGAUACAUAUAUGAAGGCAAUCUCUGUCAAAGGCCUAAGAGAAAACCUUCAAACUGAUUACACGUUGAAAAUUCUUGGACUUGAUAUAUGUGCCGAAUCAAUGGUGGGAGAUGCUUUGAGAAGAGGCAUUUCUGGAGGUCAGAGAAAAAGACUGACAACAGGGGAGAUCAUAGUUGGUCCCAUAAACGCUUUGUUCAUGGAUGAAAUAACAAAUGGCUUAGACAUUUCUACCACAUUUCAGAUUGUUGUUUGUCUUCAACAAUUGGCACAUAUCAAUGAUGCUACCAUACUGGUUUCACUUCUUCAACCGUCACCUGAAACCUUUGAUCUCUUUGAUGACAUUAUACUAAUGGCAGAAGGAAAGAUUGUGUAUCAUGGUCCACGUGAAAGUGUUCUAGGAUUUUUUGAGGGCUGUGGGUUCAGGUGUCCCGAAAGAAAAGCGGUUGCUGACUUUCUCCAGGAGGUCAUAUCAAGAAAAGAUCAAGAACAGUAUUGGUUCCACACUGAAAUUCCCCACAAUUAUAUUUCAGUGGAUAAUUUCUCUAGGAAAUUUAAGCAAUCUCCUCUCGGCGAGGAGCUUGAUGAAGAUCUCUCUGUACCAUAUGAUAAAACUAAAAGCCACAAGGCUGCUAUUUCCUUCACUGUGUAUUCUCUUUCGAGAUGGGAACUAUUUAGAGCUUGCUUGUCCAGGGAGUUUCUCCUCAUGAAGAGAAAUUCUUUCAUCUAUGUGUUUAAAAUAAGCCAGCUUGUUGUGAUUGCAUUGAUCACAUACACAGUAUUUCUGCGUACUCGAAUGCAUGUGGGUGUUGUUGAUUCAAAUUACUACAUAGGAGCCUUGAAUUUUGCACUUUACGUAAUUGUUGCUGAUGGGAUUCCAGAGGUUGCCCUCACUGUUUCACGACUCGCAGUUUUCUGUAAACAAAAAGGGCUGGGUUUCUACCCAGCUUGGGCUUAUGCAAUCCCGGCUGCACUUCUAAAGCUUCCUCUUUCAUUUAUGGUAUCUCUUGUUUGGACAUGUCUUACUUAUUAUGUCUUUGGAUACAGCCCCGAGUUCAGUAGGUUCAUUCGCCAGUUCAUUCUGCUUUUUGCAAUGCACGCAGCAUCAAUAUCCAUGUUCCGUCUCCUAGGCUCUAUGUUUCACACUCCAGUUACAGCUAUAGUAGCUGCAAGUUUUCUUUUACUACUGCUCUUGUUAUUUAGUGGCAUUACAAUCACAAGAUUGUCCAUGCCCAAGUGGCUGAAAUGGGGAUUUUGGGUUUUCCCACUGACAUAUGGGCAGAUAGGCCUCACUAUAAAUGAGUUCCUUGCUCCGCGAUGGCAAAAGCCUUUGCGUCCGAAUAUGACAAUCGGGAGAGAAAUACUGGACAGCCGUGGACAGAACUUUGAUGGAUAUAUUUUUUGGAUUGCACUUGCUGCCUUGAUUGGAUUCUCUUUAAUUUUCAACUUUGCCUUUGCUCUUUCCUUGAGUUACAAAUCUUCAGAGACCUCUCGCGCUAUCAUUUCACAUGAAAAGCUUGCACAGAUACAACGAAGUGAAGAUUCAAAUGAUGGGGCAUAUAUAGAAGAACAACCAAGGAGUACAAAUAAAGAAUCCACAAAAGCAGGCAGGAUGGUCUUGCCUUUUGAACCUUUAUCAAUCACAUUUCAGGAUGUGCAAUACUACAUUGACACCCCUGCGGCAAUGAAGAAACGUGGAUUUAAUCAGAAAAGACUGCAACUUCUUCGUGAUAUUACAGGCACAUUUACACCUGGUGUUCUUACUGCAUUAAUGGGUGUUAGUGGAGCUGGAAAAACCACUCUUCUUGAUGUUCUUGCUGGAAGAAAAACAAGUGGCUAUAUUGAGGGGGAAAUAAAAAUCAAUGGUUAUCCCAAGGUUCAAGAAACAUUUGCUAGGAUAUCAGGUUAUUGUGAGCAAACUGACGUCCAUUCACCUCAAAUCACAGUAGAAGAAUCUCUGCUUUUCUCAGCCUGGCUGCGUCUAGAUCCUCAGAUUGAUGCGAAAACUAAGAGAGAAUUUGUGAAUGAAGUGCUUGAAACCAUUGAGCUUGAUGGGAUCAAGGAUUCUUUAGUCGGCAUACCAGAUGUUAGUGGUUUAUCAACUGAGCAACGCAAGCGGCUAACAAUAGCUGUAGAGCUUGUUGCUAAUCCAUCUAUAAUUUUCAUGGAUGAACCUACAACUGGUCUAGAUGCUCGUGCUGCUGCUAUCGUCAUGCGGACAGUGAAGAAUGUAGCUGAUACAGGAAGAACAAUUAACUGCACCAUCCACCAACCAAGUACUCACAUAUUUGAAGCAUUCGAUGCGUUGAUUCUUCUGAAAUCUGGUGGUCAACUAAUCUAUUGUGGACCAUUAGGACGACACUCGUGUAAAGUUAUCGAAUAUUUUGAGAGUAUCCCAGGGGUGCCGAAAAUUAGAGAUAAUUACAAUCCUGCGACAUGGAUGUUAGAAGUCUCUUCGGUAUCAGUUGAAGCAACACUUGGUGUAGAUUUUGCUCAAAUAUACAGGGAUUCUGCUUUAUAUAUGAAAAACAAAGACCAUGUAAAACAGUUGAGUACUCCACCGCCCGGUUCAAGAGAUCUGCAUUUUCCUACAUCCUUCGCACAAAAUGGGUGGGGACAAUUCAAAUCUUGCUUAUGGAAGCAAAACUUGUCCUAUUGGAGAAGUCCUUCGUAUAAUUUGAUACGUCUAUUGCAUGCAUUUUCUGCAUCUUUGAUUUUUGGUGCAGUUUAUUGGAACCAAGGAGAAAAAUUAAACAACCAGCAGAAUUUGUUCAAUAUACUUGGUGCAAUGUGUGGUACUGUGAUCUUCUUUGGCAUAAGUAACUGCAUAUCAGUACUACCAUGUGUCGCAACAGAGAGAACUGUUAUGUAUCGAGAAAGAUUUGCAGGGAUGUACUCGCCGUGGGCUUAUGCACUCGCGCAGGUGAUAAUUGAGAUUCCUUACGUGUGCAUUCAAACAAUCGUGUUUGUCCUCAUCACAUACUCGAUGAUCGGAUAUCAUACAUCUGCAUAUAAAAUUUUUUGGUACUUCUACGCGAUGUUAUGUACAUUGAUGUACUAUACUUAUUUGGGCAUGAUGCUUACAUCUUUGACACCAAACUACAUGGUAGCUACAAUACUAGCUGCAGCCUCCUUCUCCUUGCUUAAUCUAUUUUCAGGAUUCUUUGUACCAGAGCCGCAUAUUCCAAGGUGGUGGGUUUGGUUCUAUUACUUGAUGCCUACUUCCUGGACAAUAAAUCUUAUGCUUAGUUCCCAAUAUGGAGACAUUGACAAGUUGGUUAUGGUAUUUGGCGAAGUAAAAACAGUAAAAACCUUCUUGAAAGAUUAUUUUGGGUUUCGCCAUGAUCGCUUAGGUCUCUCGGCAACUAUUCUUGCUAUCUACCCUUUAGCUUUUGCUUCUCUUUUCGCCAUUUUUGUCUGGCGGUUGAACUUUCAGCGCCGGUGAAGGACUCAGAACCUCUCCCUGGAGAUUUUAAAUGUUGCAUUCACAAUAUGCCAUAUUUGUUUGCAUUGUUUGGAUUUUAAGCCUUCAAUUCAAUUGUUGAAUGAAUAUUUUCUUUAAUUCAAACUUAUUUGUUGUUAUGCA